AAUGAGGAAAACAUAAAAUAAUUUACUCGUGCCUCUUUUGUUUGCCCGGCAAUUUAAUUUUACAAAUCUUACUGAAAUAUUUAAUUCAAAUUUAAAUAAAGCGUUUUCUGAAGAAUUACUAAAAUAAGAAAACACUUAACUCUUAUCAAAUGCAAUUAGAAGCAUAUGAGUCGCAGAAGGAAAAUCGUAUAGUUAUCAAGCUAGUGGAGCAAGUAUUGAAGCAGUACGAAAGAAACAUCAGCGCAUUGGAUGGAGGCUCAAACGCUGAUGCACAUGUAAAUCAACUGCUUCUUCAACUGAAAGCACUUUUGGGUGAUAUACUCGUCGAUGCAUUGUAGAUACAAAUAAAGCAACAGUCGUAUAAAAGUUCAGUCUGGUUGUAUCCACAUAUUAAUUACUGUGUCUGCAAACAAUUUAACGAACGUGUCUUGGGCUUGCCAAGUGAAGUGCAGCCUAUCAGUUCUACACUACAAAGUGUUGAAUUGACAAGAAGUUAUACUUGUGCCCACGUGUUAGCGUUGCGUUUGGCACAAUUGCUGCGCCCACAACCCAAAACAUAUAAAAUUGAAACAGUGAGCGAAGAACAAUUUUCACAUUUAAAAGAACGUAUGGAUAGUAGUUAUUUAGGAAUAUUUAAUGAAAAUCAGUGAAACGACAACUGACGAAUGCAACAUUCAAAAACGCUUUACGAGAAAGGCCUACUAAAGAAUCUUAAAAUGUUAACCCAACGUCAAUACUCAAAUUUUAAAUUUGUAGCACGUUUGGAUCAGAUUAAAACAUUUUACACGGCCAUUAAAGCACUGAAUUUCGAAAAUAAUGGCAAAUUCCAAGUAAGUGAAGAUGGCUUGCGUGUCACCGUAGAAGAGGGUAACUGUGUACAAGCUAAUCUCUAUAUAACCGCCUCAUGUUUCGCCGAAUUUCAUGUCGUAGAUAUGGUGACAUUCGGUCUCAAUAUGAAUAUCAUAUCCGAGUGCUUGGGUCUAUUCGCCGGCAUACCAUGCAGUCUGAAAAUGUUCUAUAAAGGUGAUGGUGCACCAUUAGUGCUAGUACUGCAUCCAAAUGAAGAGGCUGACAUCUCGGCAGAGUGCUCCAUCAAAACUACAAAUAUAGAUGAUGUAAUUGAUUACAAUCUUGAUGAGGAGAGUCGUACUUUAAAUGUUGUUUUUGUGCGUGGUCCUGCUUUGGCGAAUAUUUUUCAAGAGUUGAAUAAAGCGGCCGAUGAGCUGCGAAUAACUCUGUCACCGCGUCAACCGCAUUUCAAAAUUGAAACUUUGGGUGUAGUUAAAACAGAGACGUUUGUUGAAGUUGCCAAAACUAGUGAUAUGAUCAUGUUGUUCAACUGUCGUGAUACCACUUCGGCAUGCUAUCGUAAUACAGAGAUGCGUUUAACGCAUAAAGCGUUGGCGGCGGCGUCAAAGGUGGCAAUAAAAACGGAUUCGAGUGGUCUGCUGGAAAUGCACUUUAUGAUGCAAUCCGAAGAACAAGCAGAGGUGUAUGUUCAGUUCUAUAUAAUGCCUUUAGCGGAAAUUUAGGAUUACAUGCUAAUAAUUUUGUUAAGUUUAAACUGUAAAAUAAAUUGAAAACUAUGUAUAAUA